AUGGCCACUGAAAAAUUGACAGAACAACAAAUCUCAGAAUUUAAAGAAGCUUUUGCUCUUUUCGACAAAGAUCAAGAUGGUCGUAUUUCAGGUAGUGAAUUAUCAACAGUCAUGAGAUCAUUAGGUUUCUGUCCUUCAGAAUCAGAAGUCACAGACAUGAUGAACGAAAUAGAUGUCAAUGGUGAUCACCAAAUUGAAUUUAGUGAAUUUUUAGCCUUGAUGAGCAGACAACUUAAAACAAAUGAUUACGAACAAGAAUUGAUAGAGGCUUUCAAAGUUUUCGACAAACAUGUUUUAACUUCAAUUGGUGAAAAAUUAUCAGAUGAAGAAGUUGACCAAAUGAUCGAAGAAGUUAGUGAUGGUUCAGGUGAAAUCAACAUCAAACAAUUCGUUGCUAUUUUAGGUUAG